AUGGCGCCCCGGCGCCGGGCCUCAACCCGUGACAGCGGCACCGAGGAGGAUGAGGCUCUCCUCGUCAGAAAGGGGCUUCUGGCACAGCGUACGACUGAAAGUCGACGUCUACUCGGGCUUACGCUGUCGUUAUUGAUCUACAAUUCUGUUGCUACCUUUUGGGUGUAUCUAUCGGCAACCGACGCGGACGUAAAAUGCAGAUACGCGAUUCUUGAAUUCGUUAACAAUGAGACAGUGACGGCGUUGCCGAUGAUGACCCCAACUAAAGCAGCUACCACGAGGAAAACCACCACCAAAAAGCGCUUUACCACGACCACCGAAAGCCCAGCCACAAAUUCUGAACCCUGCCCGCCCACCUGGAUUCACAUGAAGCAGUUUUCCAAGUGCUACAAGCCUUUCUUGAAACCGGCAAACUAUUUGGAGGCGGAGGCAAAAUGUCGCGCCCUGGGUGCGGAAAUCUUGUCCAUCGACAGCUGGGAGGAGAACCAAGCCGUUACACACUUGAAGGUGAAUGGCAAGCUGUUGCGGAACAGCUAUAGAUCAAUACCGCUCGCACCACGGUUUCAUAAGUUAACGAGAGAAUUAUAUGGGCCACACGGCGAGAAGGUUCAUUUCACGAAUUUCUAUGAUGACGGCAAGGUGCGGGAACCCAACGGCAUCUACGCCAACGAGAAUUGCCUUGAACUUUGGAGGGCCGAUCAUAAUGAGCCAACGACCGAGGAGGCUUUUUCUAUGAGGUGGAACGACAUACCAUGUGAAUGGCGGCGUGACGCGUUUAUUUGCGAGAAGAAAGUGACGAGUUUUGUUGAACAA